UAUAAGGCCCUUCACACACCUGCUGUAAUCCUGUGGCAGGAUCCACCUUCUGCAGGGCAGUCUCCAGGCCAGACUCUGAAGGCAUAAAGUUCUGCACCACAGUCCUCAUCCUAGAGAGACACCGGGUCCUGCACCAUGAAGGGCAUUCUUGUUGCUGCCAUCAUCACAGGAUUCAUGGUGGCAGCUGUAGAAUCCCUACAUUGUGUGCAGUGUAAUUCAUUGACAAACCCUUGUAACAACAGUAUCAUCACUGAGUGUCCCCCAGAUAACAAUGCCAGCUGUACCAGUUUCAUGACCAACUCUUCUUUAGGAGCAGCCAACAUAUACCAGGACAAAGCCUGCUCUGCAGAGAACUGCAGGGAAGGCAGAGACAUGGUUGAAACCUUCACUGUCCAAGUGUCUGAUAACAUACACUUCCACUUUGUAAGCCAGUGCUGCCAAGGAAAGGAGUGCAACAAGACCAGUGAUGCUCUGGGUGGCUCCUCCGUGGAAGAUAUGUCCAGCAACAUAGAGUGUCCUGCAUGUUAUGGAUCUAAUGAAAGUUCCUGUAAUGAGCAAUUCAGGAAAUGUUAUAAAGAAGAACGGUGUGUCAAUCUAGUUGCAGAAUUUAAGAAUGAGACUAAGAAGCUCGUGCUGAGGGGCUGUUCCAACAUCAGCAACUCCACCUGUCAGUUCCUGUCUGCUGAGAACCAGACAGUUGGAGGAGUCAUCUUCUGAAAGUUCGAGUGUGUAGACAGUGCUAACUCCUCCUUAACUGCUAUUCCCAACCCAACCCUGACCACCCCUCCUGCCAGCAGCUCCAAUGCCUCCUCAGCACCCACCUCCAAUGAGCCCACCACCCCGGACACUGGCUCCAAAGUCUCCUUCACCCCUGUGGCCCUUGCCAGCCUCCUCCUGCUGGGGCUGCUGAUCUGAGGUCCAUCCUGCCCUCAGCUGCUUCACCUUUCCCCUAUUUAACUGCUCAGUAAAUAGCAGCCACAGCCCUCCAGGCAAAGCCCUGUAACAGCUGCAUUUUUCUGCAUUAUUAAAGCACUGUUCACUGGCUGUCCUCAUAGGUUCCUUUGCAUCAAUUCCUAGUUCCUUGCAUUGAAAUCUGUGCACCUUAGUGUGUGGGCUCCUAGAACAUCCGUAAUUCCCGUCCAGCUUGAGUUUGAGAAACACAGCUUUCACUUUGUUGUCACUUUCUGCCUGCAGCCCUGACUUCUGGGGACUUAUCUGCCACCAUCCCCACCCACACACUGAGGGCGUGCCCAGCCAUGCCUGUAAUGUCUUGUGUUGUCCCUAGCACAGAUAUCUGUCCCUUCAGUGAUUGUCCAGGCUCUGGUCCCAGGCCCAUAGUGACAUAGUCCACAGGACCCAAAGAGGGGUGCAGAGGGGUUGCAGAAGCCUGGCAGACUCCCCUGCCUAACCUCCCAGGCAGAGACAUAAUGUUGUUGGUGCUCAGGCUGACCAGAUAUCUCAUAGCCUUGUACAGAAUGGAACAUAGCUACGGAGCCCCAGUCCCUUUUCUCAGAGAACCUAUAAUCAAAGGCAGAGUUUUUGACUCCAUGUCUGAUACCCAGGGAGCAAGAAAGCUGUUCAAUACAAUAUGCACAGAAGUCCAGGUUUGGCAAAUAAGCUGGGUCUUGAGCUGGACUUGGGAGAAUGG